AUGGAACACAACCACUACUCGUCUAACGUGAUCAACACUACGACGGCUUCUUACCCAUCCCAUUCGGCGAUCUCUCCCCAUCACUUGCAGAACGGCCAGAACCAGACUCUGCCACCGCUCCAGCCUCACAAUCCAGCCAUGUCUAUGUACGCGAGCCACCCGCACACUCCUCGGACGCCUGCAACCCCAAACACUCCUGCCUCUAUGGGCGGCUAUGCUCCUCCCCCGCCCCAGCCCUCCGGUCGAGGAUCGUACCCCAUGAUGCACAACCCUUACCAACACCAGCAAUCUUACGCGACCUCUUCUGCCAUGAUGCCCCAGGCCUCUGUGUCCGCCGCUCAUCCUCAGCCCAUCGCGCCGGCACCUUCUCCCGGUGGACGUGUCCCGCCUGUCCUGCGACCUAUGCCGGCUGGCGGGGUCAUGCCACAGAGUGGUUUGGCCUCUCCUUACGCGCAGAGCCCUAUGAUGUCGCAGCCAUCAAUUCUCCACCAGGAGAACGACCAGCCUACUCACGUAGUCGGUUCCCAGGGUCGUAGAGGUAUUCUACCCAGUGCCCCAGGUAGGCCUGCGGCCCCAGCCCCCGGUACCGCCGCGGCCAAGGCUCAGAUCCCCCAGAAGGAUGCCGACGGCAAGUUUACCUACCUCCACGCGAAGCACUUGAAGCGUCAUAUGCUCCGACACACUGGAGACCGUCCCUACAUGUGUGUGCUCUGCCGGGACACGUUCUCUCGAAGUGACAUUCUGAAGCGUCACUUCCAAAAAUGCUCGAUCCGUCGGGGCAACCCUACAGGAGCCAGCCAUCUGUCUCAUCCUCACGCGCACGUUAAGAAGGCGCAGCAGGCUGCCGCCAAAGCUGCGCAGCUGGGGCACGAUGGAGACAUGAUGAACGGCAUGAACAAUGUAACGGGAAACCCCCACAUGGUUCCCUUUGGACUGAUUCCAGCAGCGGACCAAAUUAACCACAUGAAUGACCAGAACCAGCUCUCACGACAGUCGAGCAUGAACCGCCUCGAGGACACCAAUGGUGAAGAGCGAAGGAAUGUGCCCGCACCGGUCAUGACUGCUUCGUCGCAGCAGCAGCAGCAAUACAACGGGAAUGUCCCGACCUCUAUGUCCACCAACAUCAACCCCCAACUCGCGAACUACAACAUGUCGCAGGGCCAGAACGGUGUGCCCAUGUUCAAUGGUGGAUCAAACCACAACCAGCAGUCGGGCUUGGACUGGCAGACCAUGUUCACACAACAAGGCGGUGCGCAACAUACUUAUCCAGCCCCUACGUCAACCUUUCCUAACCAACAGCAGACCGCAAUCAAAACCGAGCCUAAUCUCGACCACUCGAGACACGAUGGCCAGCCCCCCUCAAACUCGGCCAAUGGUCGCUUUGGGCUCUCUACCGGCGGCCGACCCAUUGACGAUGCGACUUAUCGGCACUUGUCAAACCAAAUCAUCGAUUUCUUCUACCCUCCUGGCGUUGUCUCAAACCACCACAACGACAUGAAUUUGUACUUCUCGCCAGAAAAUGUUCAGCACUUCCUCAGCCAGUAUGCGCACUUCCACAGGCAUUUUGCAAUCCUGCACAUGCCGACUUUCGAUGUUUGCAGAUCUUUCACAGGACUGCUUGCCUGUAUGUGUUGUAUUGGAGCCUGCUACUCUGAUCGCCUGGCGCCUUCACACGUGCGUCUCAUCACCGACUUCUUGAAGUCUGCCCUAGACAGGGAUUCGCGAGUUCUCGCCCUGUUGAGUGACAGCACUCAGAUGGGGGCUGCAAGGCGCGACACAGACAGCUUGGAGGAGCUUCAAGCUCUUGUACUUUUGCAACUCUUACUCAUCUGGAACGGCACUCCCCAACAGCGACAGUCCGCUCGGCAGGUGUACUCCAGGGUCGUCAUACUUGCACGGAAGUCCGAUCUGCUUCGUGUCUCUCAAGGACAGCCCUUGUUCAGUGCUCUCCACCAACCCGGCUUCAACCCCUCAACUUAUCAUCCGUCGGAUUUUGACUGGAAUUCGUGGAUAGAACAAGAGAAGCGAAAUCGUCUCAUGUUCCUGAUAUUUGCGACGGACACAGCCUUGGGCCUCUACUUCAAUAUUUCCCCUCAAUUCGAUGUCAUGUCACUCCAAAUUCCCCUGCCAUGUGACGAUGCAGCAUGGGAUGGAGCCACAGAUGCGAGAACUUGCGCUGAAGCCUUAGGGCUAUAUGGACCAGAGGCGGCUCAGGUGCGCAAUGUGGAUGGCACACGCAGAGCCAAGCAACCGGAGAUGCACCUCGCCUUAAACGCCCUUCUGCACAGUUCUUAUCGAAUCCAGACCGGCACAACCAACCUAACUGGGAAGUUUCUGCUGGUCCACGGCAUUUUGGCCCUCAUACGUCGAGCUCAAAUCGAAGGAAGCUCGGCUCUUAAUUACAGUCAAGCAUCAUCGUUUGCCAAUAGUGAUUGGAUUGUCAACACUGGACAGAAGGAUGGCAGCGCGCCUGGUAGUGCGAACAAUAGCGGCCGCAAUACUCCCGCUGACGGAAGCAUGUCCCCUCAUGCCUUCAAAGCUAUUCGUACGGCACUCGACAAAUUCAAGCAGAAUUGGGAUUUCGACAUUGUCAAUCAAUACCCGCCCUCGUCGCGAAAUCCUCGGCGGCAGGGCUUCUCGAAGGACGCGAUUCCUUUCUACUGGCUCGCCAACUAUCUUCUGAAGAACACGCGUUUGGGAGAUCUCGAGAUGGCCUCAGAGCAACGGUUCUCACAAGUCAUUCAUCUCCUCAAGUUUGUCAACAGCUACGUACGCUCAGAUGGGGCUUAUAGAGGCGAGGAGUUGGGGUCGGUUGAUGCGAUCGACAAGGAUUACGGUGCGACUGAUUGGACGCUGGACAUGGCGAAGUUGUUCCGACCAUUUCUUGACAUGGCAGAGUCGCCAGGCGCCAUUCGGUCCACAUGA